AUGUACCCAAGCGAUUUUCGGGGCGCCACCUUGUGGGGCCCUGUUACCCCUCACGCCCUGCCGCCCGCAUCCACUUGGCUCCUCAUCGGUCUCAGGAUCAAUAGGACUCUCCUACGAACUAUAGAGUCGUUAUCACUAUUCACAAUCAUGAGGUAUGGUAUACCCGCCCUCAACGUGAUGGUGGCGAAGUGGAUUCCACCCCUUGAGCGCCCGAGGUUCAUAUCCUUCACAUAUAUGGCCAACUGCCUAGGCACCAUCGUUGCACUACCGAUGUGUGGUCUGAUCAUCGCCGAGGUGGGCUGGCCGACGGUCUUCUAUGUCAGUGGUUCUAUGUCCUUGGUGUGGGUCGUCUUCUGGAUGACUCUGAUGCAUGACACGCCGAGGAACACCCCAGAUAUCGCCGGAGGAACGAGAGUAUAUUGUCAAUGCUGUGAAAGCAGGACAAGCGCACGCAAUAAGCCCACGAAAACACCUUGGAAGAGCUUUAUGCUGAGCGUGCCGCUGUGGGCCACCAAUCUGGCUCACGUGGGAAGCAUGUUUGGCUUCAAUCUGCUCCUAACGCAGCUUCCUACGUACAUGAGUUCGGUUCUAGGAUUCUCCAUCAGGAGUGUAAGUCUUCGCUCCCACAUCAUGACGGCAAUUGUGCUAGUGACGGUCGGCUACGUGGGAUGCAACGCCGCGCUUGCUGUUGCACUUUUUCCAGUUGCAACCGCUUUCUCGGGUGCUUACUGUUCAGGUCACAUGCCCAACCACCUUGACCUCUCUCCGAACUUUGCAGGGACUAUUCUGGGAGUUGGCAACAGUCUCGCAUUCAUGGUCUCUAUGUGCGUGCCCGUCAUUGUUGGUGCCAUGACACCUGACCAGAGCCUACAACAGUGGCAGUCGGUGUUCUGGGUGACAGCAGCUGUCUACGCCGCCACGUGGUUGAUCUUCGCCACUUUCGCGUCGACUGAAAUCCAACCUUGGAAUUUUGCCGAAGACGAAGAGAAAACCGAUAUGGAGUCGCAGAAAUUCUUGGAAGCCGAGAAAAAAGUCGAGAUCGUGAGAAAUGGAAAUGCCGAUACGAAGGAAGUCUCUUGA